AUGGGCAGCAUCACGACUCAAGGCACUACCUCCAAGUCUAGCUUGGCGGCUGGCCUCGCCGACGAGGCCUUGACAGAAAGCACCCACCACUCUGAUUAUGAGGAUGACCCCGUGGAAUGCUUCGACAAUUACAAGCUCCUCCUGGAUGGGACAGAGUGGUUGGAUGGGUACCCAGAUAUCGAGCACCAUCAAAACUAUGAACAGAACGGCUUCCAUCCCGUCCUUCUCGGGGAUGUCCUGGGCGACGGUGGACGGUUUCGAGUGGUUCACAAGCUCGGUUACGGCGGGUUCGCAACUGUCUGGCUCUGCCACGACAAGGUUUCCAAGAAGUGGCGUGCUGUCAAGAUCAUGAGGGCGCACCCGUCGACCGCUGACUGCCCUGAUACGAAAGCCCUCAAACUCUUCGGCGGUAUCAGCCCGGACGUUUUGGCGGCCAACGGAGUCCAACUGCCACUCGAACAGUUUUGGAUCGAAGGGCCAAACGGGCGUCAUCUCUGCUUUGUGCUACCAUUACUCGGCCCCAACCUUCUGAACGUCGCCAGGAGGUACUGCCACGUACCCGAUCUCAUGAAAGACGUCUGCUUCCGGUUAGUUAUGGCUAUGAAGUUUAUACACUCGCGAGGGCUUUGUCACGGCGACUUCCGGCCCGAGAACAUCCUGUUUCGGCUGGCUGAUGGGGUUGACGAAUGGGAAGAGGAAGCCAUCCUGGAGCUGCUAGGGGAGCCGGAGACGAUCCAGAUCCAGCAUGUCGAGGGACCCCAAGUCGACCUUGAGCCAGGCAUUCCACGCUACCUUGUCAAGCCCGCCCAAAUUACAUUCAGCGGGGGAGUCUGCUCGUCUCAAGUCGCUGUCAUUGACUUUGGUGUUUCAUACCCCGUCACCCAGACCCCAGCCGACGGUAGUGGCGUCCCCUUACCAUACACGGCGCCCGAGGAGCUCUUCGGCCAGUACGACAGACUGGGUAUCCACACUGACAUUUGGGCUCUAGGCGUCGCCCUGACCAAGGUUCGGAUCGGCGUGGAGCCCUUCGCUGACGACCUCUACAACACGCCGAUGGAUGCAUUGCAGGCGAUGGAACGCAUCAUGGGCCCGCUUCCGGAGCCCUACCGUAGCAUCUGGAAAGAUCUGGACAAGGUGUUCAUCAACUCACAGGACGAGGAGGGUAGUCCCCUCGGCGACGACGACAGUUGGAAAGACGAGUCGGUCAUGGCCACGGUUCACACGCUAGACGAACAGUCAUCCUGCAAGGAACGGUUCGAGGAGCGCGGCCAUGCCCAUUUUCUCGGUUUCUGCAUGCGGUCACCACGCGUCAUGCGCAUCACGGAGCAAGAAGCCGCCAAGAUCACCAACCUAGCGGCCGCUGACCCCGGCCAGAUGCCUGGGUUCAGUCUCACCUCGGAUCAGCGUGGCCUCAAGUACGAGGAACAGGUCCAGUAUCAAAUGCCGAUGGACGAGCUCGACCAGAUGCUCAAUCUCUUGUUGAAGAUCUUCCGGUGGCAACCCAAGGACCGGGCGGCGCUCGACCAGAUCGCCAAUCACGAAUGGUUCGGGGACCGGAACAAACGGCAGCAAGCCACCGCUGCGUCUGGCUCUGCCCCCGACCUCGGCUGGGGGCUUAUCAAGAAGGUGUGGGAAUCCUGGACCUCCUACCCCGGGCGGGUGGCACUGGGACUUAGUAGGGGCACCUGCUGGCUAGGGUGGUUGGCCUUCAGGGGGUUGAGUAAGGUGGGGAAGACAAUUUCGCUGAUGGCUGCGGCUGUGAGGAGGCGGUUGGAGGUUUGA